AUGAUAAGUGGUUUGUUUUCUAUUUUUGAUCCAUCAACAGGUUUUGGGUUAUCUUUAAAUUGAAUUGCUUUACUCAUUGGUUUAUGCUUUUUACCACUAUCCUUCUGAGUGUUACCCACACGUUGAAUAGUAAGCUGAAGUAUAAUUAACAAAACGGUUUUAAAAGAAUUAAGAUCUCUCUUUAGCUCUUCUUCCCCAUCAGGAAUAAGUGUUUUGGUACUAGGCCUAUUUUGAUUUAUUAUUUUUAGAAAUUUCUUAGGGUUGUUUCCCUAUGUUUUUACUAGUACCGCUCAUAUUUUAGUAACUCUGAGCCUUGCUUUUCCAAUAUGAAUAGGUUUUAUAUUAUUCGGUUGACUUACACGCCCCAUUGAUAUAUUAGCUCAUUUAGUCCCAGAAGGAACUCCCACAAUUUUAAUAAUAUUUAUAGUUUGCAUUGAAACAAUUAGAAACCUAAUCCGCCCAAUCACACUCUCUGUCCGACUAGCAGCAAAUAUAAUUGCCGGACACCUUCUUUUGACGCUUUUAGGAAGCCAAGGAGUGAGAGCUAGUAUAGUUAUUUUAACUCUUAUUCUAGUGACUCAGUUCUUUCUACUUCUUUUAGAAGCUGCAGUAGCAGUUAUCCAAUCCUAUGUUUUUGUAGUUUUAACAACUUUAUACUCAGCAGAAGUUUAUUAA